CCUGCACAAACCUGGUAGGAGUAGUGAUUGAAUUCCCUCGUACACUCGAUCGGCCCAGGGCAAAAUCUUGGUCUCGUCGACCCGUCCAUCGCUCACGAUGGCGUACUCGCCCGUCUUGUACCCCGCGGGGUUGGCUCUCGCCGCCGCGCACGUCGGUGCGGCGACGCGCCGCCCGGCUCCAUCCGCUUCGUCCCCCGCGCGCGUCCAUCUCCUCCCUGCGCGCUCCGCGACGGUGGGCCCCUUGCGUGCGCACACGCGCCUGAGAUUCAAGCAGCGCGCUCCUGCGGACGACGGCGCCAAGGAGCGUCAGCCGUGCGCUCCGGUGAACAAAGACGGUGGCGCUGAUCAGGCCGACCCGUACGCCGGGCUGUGGCCGUGGGGGGACUACUUCCCCGGCGACGCCGAGCUACGCCAGGAGGACUUCUCCGCCGUGCAAGAACGCUUCUGGCGAGAGUCCAAGGACGCCGCCGCGGCGCUCAGGGACAUGGUCGCCGGCGCGUUCCGUCCGCUCCUGGACAACUUCCACCAUCUCCGCUCGCUCGGGACCGUCUACGACACCGAGGACUACCACCUCGGCAUGCCCUUCGGUGCGCUGAUCGCCUGCAUUGGGUUUUACAAGCUGUGGAAGAUGGACCCGUCGACGUUCCUGGAUGCCGCUCUCGGCUGCGCCUUCUACAAGCUCAGCAUCGUCUCGUCGCAGCUCCGGAAACAGGGAUUCUCCAACGACCUCGUCACCCGGGUUAAAUUUGUUCUCAUGCUCACCAUGGCUGUCAAUGAUUUCAAGAAUAAUCUUUGUCCACUUGAUGCUAUCAGGGGGCCUAUUUAUCUGCUCUAUGCACUGACAUUUGCUUAUGAAGUGAUUGGCGUCAAGAAGCAGAUCAAGUAUGCUAUGGCUACACUUGUAUGCUUCCUAAAGCACCCAGAAGGAAGACGCCAUCUACGCGAACUGCUACCUGAGGUUGAACUUGAAAUCGUAACACGGUCUGGGAUCGUCCUCUGAUAAAUCAUGUUAACAAUUAUGUAAACGUGUUUUUAGUGGUUCUGUGGACGACACUGAUUUGUUUCAUCUGUAUUAGUGAUAUUACUUGGGAAGGCAAAUAGAAA